CUCACACUCCCACUUUCCAUGUCUAUAAUCACAAGCUUAGCUCUGGUCUUUUUGUCUUUCCCUAAGGCUAAGCAGAUAUAUAGCUAGCUCACCCUCUUCUCCUCCUCCUCCUCCUCCUCCUCCUCUUUGGAAAGCCAACAAUGAUGGAGGAACUGUACGGCCUCGCCUCAUCGACGCAGGCUUCAGGUUUCAGCUCUGAUCAAUACUACUCUUCAUCAAUGGCCAUGCCGGAGAAUCUAACGGUUCCUGAUCAUCAUCAGCAUCAUCAGCAUCAGGUGGAGGUGGACUGCUACGACUACUACCACAAGAGCGCCUUCGAGCCUUUGGCGGCGGCUUUGGGCGACCGGAUGCCCGGGCUGCAGAGGCCCGACCCCGUGUUUUCUGGUUGCUCCUCUGGUGUAUCGGAUGCUGCUUCGGCUGUGGCUGUUGGAAUUAAUAGUCAAAGAGAAAGAGGAGGAGGGUGUGGUUUGGGAGAGGAGGUUUUGUGCGAAAUGAAUGCGAAGAUCGCUUCACAUCCUCUUUACCCCAAGCUUCUUCAAGCUUACAUCGAUUGCCAAAAGGUGGGAGCGCCACCAGAAGUGGCAAGUGUGUUGGACGAAAUCAGGAGGGAAAGUGAUCAUCUAAUUUGUAGGAGAAGUUCAACUUCAGCUUCAACUUGCAUGGCAACUGCGGAUCCUGAGCUCGAUGCCUUCAUGGAAACAUACUGCGAUAUAUUACUCAAGUACAAAUCGGAUCUUACGAGACCUUUCGAUGAAGCAAUAACCUUCUUAAACAAGAUGGAGACGCAGCUCAUCACUCUCUCCUCCAAUAACACUACUACUCCUAGGUUUUGUUUAAGGCAUGAAGGUGACGUUCGUGCAUUUCAAUUUGCAGACGACGGUGGUGGUUCAUCUGAUGAAGAAGACUUGAGUGGAGGAGAGACGUCUCCACGAACAGGCGAAGAGCACGAGCUCAAGGACAAACUCCUACGUAAAUACAGUGGCUAUAUAAGCACCCUAAAGCAUGAAUUCUCCAAGAAGAAGAAGAAAGGGAAGCUCCCGAGAGAAGCUAGGCAAACCCUCUUUGAUUGGUGGAAUCUUCACGAAAAAUGGCCAUACCCAACGGAAGCAGACAAAAUCUCGUUGGCUCAGGUGACGGGAUUGGAUCAGAAACAAAUAAACAACUGGUUUAUAAAUCAGAGGAAGCGCCAUUGGAAGCCAUCAGAGAACAUGCAGUUUGCUGUCAUGGAUACCAUUUAUCGACCUUGUUUUACCAAGGACUGAUGACUCGCCAUUUACAGUUCCAUCUUUACCAUUUUGUACAUGUUUGAUCAUGAACAUGACCAUUUUUGGCCAAUGCCAGAAGAAAUAUGCUUAUGUACUUUGGUUCUCCUAACUAGGGUCGACAUUAUUUAAUCAAAUACUAUAAUGUUUAAUGUUGUGUGUU